UGCGGUGACACCCGUGGCUGGAAUAAAGCGAUGGCAGAGCACGUUAUUGCCAGGGAUCCACUAGCAGCGGAUUUGAAAUGUAGCCUCUUCAUGUCUGCCUUGAGGAGCUAUAAAAGGGACUCUGUGCUAAGGCCGUAUCCUCCAUUCUAUGCCAGUGACCAGUACAAGGAUUUCGAUGCUUUGAUUGCUGACACAAACACCUUACCGAGCCUGCAAGAAUUCAUCCAUAACAAGUCAAGAGCCGAUCAGAAAGUCAGGGAUCUGCUAAGCUGGAUAUUGUCAGAGAAACUUUUCACCAUCAAAGGCCUUAAAAAGGAGAAGGCUGCCCUUCCCUUGCUGUUUCAGUUUGAAGAGGUCCAAGCCUUGCCAGGUUCUCCCACACUUGCUCUGCCCACUCCUGACUUCCUGUUUGAAAUAGAAUACUGUGAGAAGCUAAACGCCAAAUUCCAGGAGACGCGCGGAGAGCGAGACAUCAUUUAUGCCUUGCAUGGCAGCCGGCUGGAGAACUUCCAUUCCAUUCUGCACAAUGGCUUGCACUGUCACCUAAACAAGACUUCUUUGUUUGGGGAAGGGACCUACCUGACCAGUGACCUGAGUCUGGCUCUUCUAUAUAGCCCCCAUGGACAGGGGUGGGCUCAUAGUUUACUGGGCCCUGUGCUUAGUUGCGUCGCUGUGUGUGAGAUGAUCGAUCAUCCCGAUGUCAAGUGUCAGAUCAAGAAAAAAGAUUCAACUGGUAUAGAUCGGAAAAGAGCUAGAGCACGGAACAGCGAGGGUGGAGAUGUUCCGCAGAAAUACUUUGUGGUGAUCAACAAUCAGCUGCUGCGAGUCAAAUAUCUUCUGGUUUAUUCUCUAGAGCAGCCAAAGAGGAGAUCUAAGCAGCCAUCUUGGUUUGCAAGCCACCGUUUUGCUAUCUUGAUGACACUCUACCUGCUUGUACUGAUUGUCAUCGGUUUAAGCAACUCCAAGACUUUCUUGCACCAUUGGAACAGACUUUUGACCUGGAGGACUUAAGCUUCUUCGAUUCCAUUGAACUUCACCAUAAGCCUUAAGGUUGUAUCAGUGCCACAGCACUUUCUCUUCUCUUGCUUGUUUAAGCAUGAAGGCAUUCCAGCUGAUGCAGAGAUUGGAUUCUUCCAGUGUCCUCAUACACCGAAUC